AUCCUCCUCCCGGGGGCCCCCAGCCCGCCGCCCGCCCGGCCCGGUGGGUGGGCGCCGGGCCGCCUCCGGCGGUGACUCUGCAACCUUGGCCCGGAGACUCUAGCGGGGACCCACCAACGGCGGCGGAGGCGGAGGCGGAGGCAACGGCGGGGACUUUGCCCAGUGCGGCGGAUCGAGCGGACUGUGUGUCCGCGGGCGGGCCCCAGAGAUGUUGGCUUUCGCGGCCAGGACCGUGCCCAGGCAAGUGGCUGUCUCUUGCUAGGUUCUGCUCGCCCACUGGGUAGCACAGUUAGGCUUAGAGGCCCAGCCCAAGGCAGAAAGACAGGGCUCAGAACCUCAGUCCUGCCAUGGAGGACGGGCAGCAGAAAGAGAAGGUGAAGCCACUGGGCUUCCUCAGGCCCUCCUCCUUGAUGAAUGUCUCCAGCCGCUUCAAGGCCCACCAGGAUUCGCUGCCCCGGUUGCCCGUGCCCGCGCUCCACCAGUCCCUGGACCGCUACCUCAAGGCGCUGCAGCCCAUCGUGAGCGAGGAGGAGUGGGCCCAGACCAAGCAGCUGGUGGAAGAGUUUCAGACCGCGGGGGGUGUAGGGGAGCGCCUGCAGAAGGGGCUGGAGCGCAGGGCCAGGAAGACGGAGAACUGGCUGUCCGAAUGGUGGCUCAAAACAGCCUACCUCCAGUACCGCCAGCCCCUGGUCAUCUACUCCAGCCCUGGCGUGGCCCUGCCCAAACAGGACUUUGUGGACCUGCAGGGACAGCUCCGGUUCGCUGCCAAAUUCAUCGAGGGCGUGUUGGAUUUCAAGGCCAUGGUUGACAACGAGACCCUGCCCGUGGAGUACCUGGGGGGGAAGCCGCUGUGCAUGAACCAGUACUAUCAGAUCCUGUCCUCCUGCCGCGUGCCAGGCCCCAAGCAGGACACGGUCGUCAGCUUCAGCAAGACCAAGAAGCCGCCCAUGCACAUCACUGUGGUGCACAACUACCAAUUUUUUGAGCUGGAUGUGUACCACAGCGAUGGGACACCCCUGACAUCAGAUCAGAUCUUCGUGCAACUGGAGAAGAUCUGGAACUCGUCGCUGCAAACCAACAAAGAGCCCGUGGGCAUCCUCACCUCCAACCACCGCAACUCCUGGGCCAAGGCGUACAACACCCUCAUCAAAGGUGCCCCUGGGUGGGGGUGGAAGAAGGAAGAGAGGCCCCCCACCAGGCCCUGGGCAGCCACAUUUCUCACUGAAUCCUCUCAAGUCAGAGUGGGUGUUGUUGGUCCAUUUCACAGAUGAGGAAACUAAGGCUUGUUUGGGUUUAGUUUCCCUCUGUUAAGCAGCAAGUUACGGUAACAGUCGAAGUCCUCUGGCUGCAGACCCCACCUCAGCCUCCACGUUCCUUCCAAAUCCUGUGUUGGUCGGGGCAUUGUCCCCAGAGCCAGACCCCUGUGUUGGCCCUGAGCCACACUGGCUUUCCACGUGACCUGGGGCUUCUGUUUCCUC